CCGAGGAGAAAAAACUCUGGAUUUAAUUCUUCAUCAUCGAUCUGGAUUUAAUUCUGACCUUUAACGUGUUCCAGAGAAAAACAGUUUCAGUCAUGCUGCUGCUGAUGCUCGUGUUCGUGCUGUCUGCGUGUUCUGGAGGCGGGGAUGCGCGUGUCCGGCUCAACUCCAUCAGGACGGUGAUCCUGAGGGAAGGGCACGCGCUGCCGGUGAACCGGAGCACGUGGGAGCCGAGUCUGGACCUGACGCUCUACCAGUGCAUGAGCGACCUGGAGUGCAGUGAGGGGAGCUAUUGCCACGCCCCCACCAAAGGCCCAGCCCACUCACGCUGCCAGACUUGUCACAGGAGGAAGAGGCGCUGCCAUAGGGAUGGAAUGUGUUGCCCUGGCAACCGCUGCAGUAACAAUAUCUGUGUUCCUGACGUCGACAGUUUUAUGACUCAGACGAUCCCGGACACUGAAGGAGAUUUGAGCUUGCUGUCGAAAAAGAAAGGAUGGAAAAAGAGAGGAAGAAUAGACUUGAAAGGGACGAGCGGAAAAGGUCAGGUCGGGGAUCCUUGUCUGCGCUCGUCCGACUGUUCGGACAGUUUGUGCUGCGCCCGUCACUUCUGGACUCGCAUCUGCAAGCCGGUGUUGCAAGAGGGACAGGUUUGCACGAGACACAAACGAAAAGGGAACCACGGACUGGAGCUGUUCCAGCGGUGCCCCUGUGCUGAUGGGCUGAGCUGCCGAACGCUGCGAGAGCCUGGAGCCAAACCUUCAUCGCCAUCGUCAUCAUCGCUCCUGGCGGCAGCAGCAAAGUCCAAGUUUGCAUCUGCUCCUUCCCGCCACUCGUCCUUGUUGUCUUCGACCUCUUUGUUGUCAGCAAAGUCAUCGUCGUUGUCAGCUGUGGGAAAAACGAGACUUCAUGUUUGUCAGAAACACUGAAGAGGGAUGGACGGACGUAAAGAAAGAAAGACGGGAUGAUGGAGGAAGGAAAGAGCUGCGUUUCUUUGCCGAUGAAAGAGUCUAGAGACUGGUGGUGUGAGAGGCGACCAAUGAAAACUCUUUCACACCUGUGAAAACAACAACCCCCAAAACUGUCCCAUGAUCUCGAUGCUAAUUAGCUUCCUGUCAGUCUGCAUUCACACACACACACUCGCACGUGAAACUCUUUGUGGUUCAGAUCUGGUUUCCUCCUGGUGUCUAGACGAACAGAAACCACUUUUAAGUCCGGUUUGACUCCAUUUACACCAACAGGAAAACCUGAUGUGAGUCUGUUGGGAUGUUCCUCCAACAGGCUUCCGGGAUCCAAAGAUCUCAAUCAUGUGCUUUUAUUUUGGAAAAUCCCAUUUCAGAACAUAAUAGAAGUAAGAAAGUUGUUUAUAACAAAAUAAAACUUAUUUAGAUUCACUGUUUUCCGCAGCUAAUGUGCUAAUAUGAACUUAUCUAUGUAGCAGCUCUGUUAAACUUCCUUUCACCAUAUUCUGUUUUUAAACAAAACUCUUGAUUUGCACUGA